AAAAUGUACAAAAAUAUUUAUAAAUAUACAAUUGAGACAAUUGAACGUGUCAAAUAAAAUAUAUGCCAAUUAUGGUAAUGUUAUUGCUAUAGUAAUGUUUAAAAAUAAAUUAUAUAUAUAUAAUAAAUUAAUUAUUUUAUAAUUAAAUAAGCUUUAUAGUUAAAGAAUGCAAAAUCAAAAAUGUAUUUAUUAAAAAUAAGUCACUUUUAAAAUUAAUAAAUUUAAAAAAUAUUUUUUUGUAAAUUAUUAUAUUGAAUUAAUAAAUUAUUAUUAAUAAAAAUGAUAAUGAAUUGAAAUUAAAUUUCAACAUAAAAUUACAAGAAAAAAAACAAUUUACUAUAGAAUAUGUCGUAAAAAUAUCUCCAGAUGAAAUACUAAAUUCUAAAAUGUAAUAUUUAGAUUUUAUAUUAAAGAUUAAUAUUUUUGAUUUCAAAAAUUAAAAUGUGUUCAAAGAAAGAAAAAAAAAUAAAAACGGAUAAAAAUUAUGAAAUCAGCACCAUCUCUUGAAUAUCAAAGAUAUCUUUUUAAAAGAAAUAUAAAAUAAAAUAAGAAUGAAGGUCAUCUAUUGAGUACUUUUGAAAACAUAUUUUCAAAAGUUAAUUAAUUGAUAAACAUAUUUCAGCAAAAAAAAAUAAAUGUAUCAGUAAAAGACUAUUUUAAAAUAUAAAAUAUUUAAAUGUUAUAAUUUUUAAUAUUUUAUUAAUAUUUAAUUAUUUUUAUCAUUUAUUAAUGUAUAAUAUGAUUUAUAAUGUUAUAAUUUAUAAAAUAUAUUAAUUUUAAGAAUAAUUUAUUGAAAUUUAUCAUUCUAUAAAUACUUUAUAUAUAUCGCAAAAAAUAUUACAAUUGUUAAUUUAAUUUAUAUAUUUUUAUUUUGUUUAAGUAAUUUUUUUUUUAAUUCUCGAUUUAAUUUUAUUGGCAGUAGAUAAUAUUUACUUCGAAAUUGCAAUGCUACGUCAAAAGUUUAGUUUCGUUUUCUUUCCGCUACAAAAUGGCGGAAGAUAUAUCAAUGGUUCCGAUGUGAAGGAGUUGAGGUGACGUGUCUUCCAUUUUCCAGUUUCCCGGCAGUGGUUUUACAAGAUGAAUGCUUUUAAACGCGAUAAGAAAGAGGAAGAAGAUGGUGGGGGAAACCCUUUCCAAAAUCUAGAGAAAACGACGGUUCUUCAAGAAGCUCGUACUUUCAACGACACUCCAGUUAAUCCAAGAAAAUGUGCUCACAUUCUUACGAAAAUUUUGUAUCUAUUAAAUCAAGGAGAACAAUUGGGUACAAUGGAAGCAACAGAAGCAUUUUUUGCUAUGACCAAGUUAUUCCAAUCCAGAGAUGUUGUCCUAAGAAGAUUGGUCUAUCUAGGCAUCAAAGAAUUGAGUUCUUUGGCAGAAGAUGUGAUUAUAGUUACUUCGAGUUUGACAAAGGAUAUGACUGGAAAAGAAGAUUUGUAUCGAGCUGCAGCAAUAAGGGCAUUAUGUACCAUUACAGAUGGUGGGAUGUUAGCAGCUAUUGAACGUUAUAUGAAACAAGCUAUUGUAGAUCGUUCUGCUGCUGUAUCUAGUGCAGCUUUAGUUUCUACUUUACAUUUGACUAAUGUAUCUGGAGAUGUUGCACGUAGAUGGGCAAAUGAAGCUCAAGAGGCAUUAAAUUCUAAUAAUGUGAUGGUUCAAUAUCAUGCUCUUGGUGUCUUGUAUCAAGCACGUAAAGCAGAUAAACAUGCUGUAAUUAAGUUAGUUGCUAAGCUUAUGAGAACAAGUCCAAAAAGUCCUUAUGCAGCAUGUAUGUUAAUUAGAAUGGCAUGUAAAUUAUUAGAUGAAGUUGAUAAAGGAGAAGAACUUUUAGGAUUUAUUGAAUCUUGUUUACGUCAUAAAUCAGAAAUGGUGGUAUAUGAAGCAGCACAUGCCUUGAUCAAUCUUGGGAGAAGUUGCACAAAAGAAAUUACUCCUGCUAUUAGUGUUCUUCAAUUAUUUUGUGGAUCUCAAAAACCAGCUCUAAGAUUUGCUGCUGUUAGAACUUUAAAUAAAGUUGCCAUGUCUCAUCCAACAGCAGUUACUGCAUGCAAUUUAGAUUUAGAAAAUUUAAUUACUGAUUCAAAUAGAUCUAUUGCUACAUUAGCAAUUACUACUCUAUUAAAAACUGGAGCAGAAAGUUCAGUAGAUCGAUUAAUGAAGCAAAUCGCUACUUUUGUAUCGGAAAUUUCGGAUGAAUUUAAGGUCGUAGUUGUACAAGCUAUAAGGGCCCUCUGUCAAAAAUUUCCUCGAAAACAUGCAGUUCUAAUGAAUUUUCUUUCUGCUAUGCUAAGAGAUGAAGGAGGACUUGAAUAUAAGGCAGCAAUUGCAGAUACAAUAAUAGCUGUCAUGGAAGUAAAUGCAGAAGCAAAGGAAGCUGGUCUAGCUCAUCUUUGUGAAUUUAUUGAAGAUUGCGAGCAUAAUUCACUCGCUGUUCGCAUUCUUCAUUUACUUGGUCAGGAAGGACCAACUUCAAAACAGCCAUCCCGAUAUAUUCGUUUUAUUUAUAAUCGUGUUAUUUUGGAAAGUGCUAGUGUUCGUGCUGCAGCGGUUACUGCGCUAGCACGUUUUGCCGCAGCAUGUUCACCAUUAUUGCCAAAUGUGUUGGUUCUCUUAUCGCGCUGUCAAUUGGAUUCAGAUGAUGAAGUCCGUGAUCGUGCGGCUUAUUAUUGUGCUAUUUUACAGCAACAAAAUGAUCAAACUGUUUUACCUUUAGUACAGCCUCCUCUUUUAUCUGUACCUAGUUUAGAAAGAGCUUUACGAAAUUAUAUGCAAACAUCAAUGGAUGAACCAUUUGAUAUCUCACAAAUUCCACCAGCACAAACAAUUGAAGAACCAGCACAAGUAGAAGUACAUACUGCUGUGAAACAACAACAAUCUCGAUUAACACGAGAGGAAAGCUUCAUGGAAAAAUUAUCACAAAUACCACAUUUGACAAUGAUUAUUCGCGAUUCUUCUCUACUUAAGUCAUCACCUGUGUUUGAAUUGACAGAAUCAGAAACAGAGUAUAAUGUUAAAUGUAUUAAACAUACAUUCACUGAUCUUCUCGUUUUACAAUUCGAUUGUGUAAAUACUCUUUCUGAUCAAUUACUUGAAGAUGUGAGAGUCGCUGUUGAAUCACCUGAAGGUUAUAUAAUUGUGUGUGAAGUCCCAUGUCCACGUCUACCUUACAAUGAACUUGGCACAACAUAUACAGUAUUAAGAUAUCCGGAAGAUAUUCAUGCUAGUGUUGCUACUAUUCCUACAACUUUGCGAUUUAUGGCUCGUGAUUGUGAUCCUACAACAGGAGUUCCAGAUGCUGAUCAAGGAUAUAAUGAUGAAUAUAUGUUGGAAGAUUUAGAAAUAACUUUGGCUGAUCAAGUUCGAGGAAUUGGAAAUAGAGUAUUAGAUUUUGGUGCUGCAUGGGAUGCAGCUGCUGCGAAAGGAUACGCGAAACUAGAAGAAACUUUUGCUUUGGGUCCAUCAGUGACCAGUUUAGAAGGAGCAAUCCAAAGUCUUACAGGAUUUUUAGGCUUAGAUGCUGUAGAUCGAACCAACCGAGUACAAUCUGGUGCUGCUGCACAUAAUUUAUUACUAAGUGGUAUUUUUAGAGGCGGAAAAGAAGUUCUUGCACGAGCAAGAUUAGCAUUAUCGGAUAAUCAAGUAACAAUGCAGCUUUCUGUUCUAUGUCAAGAUCCAGACGUUGCCGAUUUAAUUAUUUCUUCUGUAGGAUAAAUUAUAUCAUUAAAUUAUAUAUAGCUAUCGAUCAUACAUGUCAAAAAUUAAAUUCCUAUAUUAAAAAUUUUUAUUUUUAAUCAUAAGUUAAUGUUAUGAGAAAAGUUACAAGACAAAACUUUUGUUAAAUCACUAUUUCUAUGUAAUACUUUGUACAUACAAUUAUAAAACUAUUCUCUCUCGAUAAUA